CCGAAACAAUUACUUAUCUGUCGACUAAUAUUCAGUUGGGCACCCGAAACUGAGAGCUGGCUGUCCUGCGCUCUGACUUUGCCAGCAAACACGUUCCUUGAGCUUCUUGCGCCUUUAAACCUACAUUUUAAGUUACCAGCUUUGCGAAUCUACUCCUAAAAGUUUGCAUAGUAGCCAGCCGCUCUUUCUGGGGCGACCCUGGCGGAGAGGAAAAUUUAUCACGGCUCUCGGCCGAGCCCGGACGCAAUGCCUUCACCGGGCUCUAUAGACGUGGAGGCGGUACAGGCGAGCGCGCGGCUUUUACCAGAGGCGGACAGCUCCAAACCGACCGAGAUACACCGGCUGUCCAGCGGGACGGGACGACAACGCGCGGCAAGCGGGGCGCAGGCGCUCACGAGCAUCGUGCACAGCUGGGCCUCGCGGAAGUUCGCCGUCGGAUGUGCCAUCCUGUUCCCGGUGGCUGUGACAGUGUAUGUGACUUGGUGGUUCCUCACAUUCUUUGAUAACUUCUUCUCGCCAAUAUACUACAAGCUGUUUGACUUCCACGUGUUUGGACUGGGCUUCAUCACCUCCAUGAGCUUCAUCUUCCUCAUCGGCGUGUUCUUCUCGUCGUGGCUGGGCUCGGCGCUGCUGGGCAUCGGCGAGUGGAUCAUCAAGCGCCUGCCGCUCGUCAAGCACAUCUACAGCGCAUCCAAGCAGGUCAGCGCCGCCAUCAAUCCGGAGAACGAGGCGUCAAAGGCCUUCCAAGAGUGCGUUAUCAUCCGCCACCCGCGGAAAGGGGAGUACGCCAUCGCCUUCAUCACGGGGCGGACCGUCCUGCAGAUGGGGAGCCAGGACACGAAGCUGAACACGGUGUACGUGCCCACCAACCACGUGUAUGUGGGCGACAUCUUCCUGCUCGAGGACAAAGACGUCAUGCACACAAACCUGUCGGUGCGGGAAGGCCUAGAAAUCGUCGUGUCUUGCGGCAUGGCCAUUCCGCCUAACCUGGUCACCGUGCCUCGGCCGUGACACCAGCAGGAGCUCAGUCGGCACGGACUGGUAGUGACCUAACUGUGACAGCAGGUGAUGCUCGGGUGUUCGCCUGCGCGCCAGCGGGCACCGUGCAUCUAUCGCAUGGUGUUUACACUGGAGCUAGGAUUGAUUGUUAUUACCGGCAAUCUGCGUGUAGAAGUGAAGACGGCAACGCAGCCCCCGCCGGGCCCGCGUGCUGUGCGACAUUGACCAGUAAUGGGUAUUAUAAAUGAAAGGCCAACCGCCUUUGUAAACGAGGGGGCAUUUGAUGAUGAGUGUAUAGAAUAAGGCAGCAUACGGCACAGGCUGUGCUCACGCUUCUGUUUAGGGUGUUGAUGGAGAGGUCAGUCUGGGGCAGUCGGCGCUGUGGCGGAUUUGCGCAGAGCCGGGGCGAUGCGGCAGUGCCAGUGACACUGGGAGUUUGAGCAGUGGGUACGGUGGUGCUGCUCACAGCGCAAUUGCAAUGCACCCUUAUGCGUUGGACAAUAAGCUAACAAGGUCAGAGGGGCAGGUAGUUGUGUAAAACCAAGAACGU